UCUAAUGUUUGACAUUGGAAUUUACCAACGCGAAGGGAAGGUGCAGUACCGGUUGAAUGCGUGUGGCUUUACUCCGAGUGCUGUGAUAGUUUCGUUCGAUUAUUUUUUUAGAGUUAUAUAAAAGUAUUUAUUAUUAAUUAAGUGUUUCAAUGUUAUAGAAAAAAUUCAUAAAGAAAGAAUAGAAAAAGUAAUUUGUAUAUUUUCAUUAAAAAAUUAUUGAGACGAGACGAGACGAGAAGAGACGACGCGACACGACACGAUACGACGCGACACGAUUCGACUCGACUUGAUUCGUGAACUGUCGUAAAGAAUAAAAAGCAUAAAAACAUUGUGCAUUUUUGUAAGAUUCGAAGUUAUCGGUUGACAUUAUACAACAUCGUACGUAUACGAGAAGGAAUUUUCAUUUCUUUUUCAUAAAUUAUUUAAAAUAUAUUUUAAUCACUUGAAUUAUUUCGUCGCGUCGUUAGGGAAAAUUUCGCGCGUAACCUUCGUUACGCACGCACUUGGAAAAAAAGAGAGAGAGAGAGUGUGAGAGAGAGAGAGACAGAGAGGAAGAAAAGGAAAAAGAGAUAGCACAUAUAUACAUAUCCAUUUGUAGUGUAAAGAAAAGAGACAAAAAGUGUGGGACCAACUUGAGUUUAUUCGAUUACGAGAGAGAAAGAAAGAGAAAGAAGAUCGAAAGGUACGGAGCUUCAAUAUCAAUUUGAUCUUCAACGAUAAAUUACAGAAAGACGUAUCUGCACAAAUAAGAAAAAAUUAUAAACGCGGCUAAGAUAUUAAACAAAUAAAAAGGAAAAUUAAAAAGAGAAAAGAAGGCAAAAAAUCAAAUAAGAAUAUAAAUCAAAUCUAAAGGGUCUGAAAUAGAUAUCUUUGUAGGACGACUAAUUAGGGAUACGCAGAGAGUUAUAGAGGAUAUAAAAACAUUAACCAUAAGCCAUGGGUAAGACGCCAAAGAAGGCGGCCCCUGGGGGCGAUGAGAGGAAUUCUUGCGUUCGGAGAAUCAAGCCAACGACCGCGUCGUCUAAAACCUCCGAAUCCGAGAAACAGCGCGAGUCGGACUAUUCGAGCAGACCAAAGCUGAGUAAUAUUCAGAAAAAAGUUCUUCCAAGUUCUGCUAAAAAAAAUAAACUUCAUAAUACAGCAAAUAGCCUGAAUCAGUUGACAAAGAAUUUAGCUAAAGAUACAGUUAAAGAAGUUAAAGUGCAAAGUACGCUUCAGCAUUUGCGACUAGUAAAGCAAAAGAUGCAAUCUAAGUUAGAGGAAGCGGAAUCGACAAGUAGUAGUAUAUCUAUAGAGAAAGAUGAUAAGGAGGAAACCGUGAAUGAUGUAGAUAACAAGAAAGAAGAAGCUGCAACCAAAGACAGUAAUGCUAAUCAUACAACAGAUGAACAAGAUUCUACAACUAAUACAAAUAUCGAGAAAAAGACUGCCGAGAGUAUAGAUGAAAAUACAACAACGUCUACGAAAAAUGAAACUAUUAAAUCGCAGGAUAAAGAAAACGAAAAGAAAGAUCAUUUGGAAGAGAAUAACAAAGAAUGUGACGAAAAAGAGCAAGACGAGAUGCAAAUACAUUUGCGAUUGGAUGAUAGUCCUGCAAAAUCACCUGACACUACAUCAACUAUUAGUAUAAUGAACGAUGAAAAUGAAUUGGAAGAAUUACCUGUAAUACAGGUAGUAAAUGACGAUGUAAAAGAAAAGAAAAGUUCUCAAACUGAAUCGGAAGCAGGAACGGAAAGUUGUUCCGUAGACAUAGUAGAAUCUGUAACAUCUGAAUUAUCCGAGGCAUCUGAACCUCCGAGUCAGCAGGAAACUCAGAAAGAGAGAGAAAACUCUGAGCUUAAUGCAAAGAACGAAAUCUUAGGUAUUAACUAUGAUGCAUCUGUGACAUUGAAAGACGUACAAAUUAAAUUAAACGAUUGUCUUAAAGAAAAAUUAAAGCACGUUGAAGUAUGCGAAAGUGAUGAUAAUAUAUCCAACUUAUCUGCAAGCAAUACUUUUGGUAAAACUUUGCGAAAUAUUUCUGGAAGAUCUGCGAUUGAUAGAUUUCGGCAUUCGUCAUCAUAUGAUUUCUGGGUUUCUCCAAAUAAUAGUCAGUCAACAAAUAUAUCCAUGUCACAGUCACCACAAAGAGAAACGACAAAUACAAAAAUUUUACGUUACAGUACAGGAUUAUCAGACGUAAUGUCCAGUAACGGUAGUUUUGUAGAAGGAAAACGUAAAUUUGGAGAUUCUCCAGAGUCAAAUACUACUCUAAAGAAACAAAAAACGGAACAAAGUAGUUUAUUGAAUACAUCAAUGGAUAUUAUUAGGGAGUUACGUAAACCAAUACAAAUUUCGACACCAAAUAUAAGUUACAAGGUACAAUCUGAUAAAUUAAAUAUUAGUGAAAUAAAUGAUAGUAACGAUAAGUUUUUACCAACGCAUACUACUGAAGAUGGUACAAAGAAGUGGUGUGUCAUUAUGUAAAGUAAUGAAACAAAGAAAAAGAAAAAAGAAAACACAAGAAAAAAAGAAACUGAAUUAUUAUCCAUAAGUAUUUUUCUAUUCUUCGUAAAUAUUAUAGGAGAAGUAAUAAUCGUAAUUUGUAAAAUUACAUAUAACAUUUGUAAUAAUGUUUAAAGAGUUUGUCAUUUCUUCUUCUUUUUUUUUAUUUACUUAUUUAGUAUAGAGUUUAUACACGUAGAAAACAUGCAUACGCAUUUUCGUUUGUAUAUCUUGAUAAAGACAUUGCACAGUAGGAUUUACUUCUCCUAUAAAAUCUUAUAUAUAUUUAAGAGUUUAUGUCUUCUUGCAUAAGAAUAUACAAAAGAAAAAACAAAAAAGAAAAAAAGAAGAAAAUAAACAUAUACAUAGGCAGAGAAACUUUGAACAGAAAAGUUUGUAUCGAUAUGUCUAAUCCCCAAUCAUACGUUUAUACGAUUAAAAAGAAGAUAUUUUAGAUUAUAUCAAAUAGUUGAGAAGAAAGAACUGUUAUCGUAGAAAUAGAGAGUUAAAAUUAGAACCUUUUUAGAAUCAUCCGAUCGAACUUAAUACGAAUCAAAUGCAUUGCUAGAAUUUAGUUUAAAAAAAUAUAUUUAUGUUAUUAUAAAAGAGAAAGAGAGAUAGCAAAUCAUACUUGUGUCAUACAAGUGUCAUACAAGU